ACCCUUUCCAAUUCCCAUCAUCAUGGCACCUCUCAAAGCCCUCAUCAUCGGAGGCGGCGUCGCCGGCCCAGCAGCAGCAUACUGGCUCCUCCGCCUCGGCGCACACAUCACCCUCGUCGAACGAGCCCCCCAGAUGCGCGCUUCAGGCCAACAAGUCGACCUCCGCGGCCAAGGCGUGCCCCUCAUGAAGAAGAUGGGCAUCGAAGAGGCCGUGCGAGCCGCCACCGUCCACGAGCCCGGCAUGCAGCUCAUCGACCGCAGCGGCAAGACAAAGGCCUUCUUUCCCGUCGCAGAAAGCGGCUCGGGCAGGCAAGGCUUCACGUCAGAAUACGAAAUCAUGCGAGGGGAUCUAGUCAGGAUCCUGUACGCACUUACAGAGAACCACCCCAACGCGCGGCAUCUGUUCAACACCACCGUCAAGAGCUUCACUCAAGACGACGAGAGUGAUGCCCAUGGCAAGGUCCACGUCACUUUCCAAGACGACCACCAGGAAGACUUUGAUCUCGUCAUCGGCGCAGACGGAACCGGCUCCUGGACGCGCAGAAUCAUGCUCGGCGACGGCGCCCCGGAUCCUCGGCGCUCCAUGGGGGGUUACAUCGGCUACUUCAGCGUCCCCACGCGUCCCGGCGACUCGGACCGGGCGACCUUUUGUCACUUGCCCGGGUCGCGCAUCAUCGGAACGAGAAAGGACGUCCCCGAGCUGACGCGGGUGUACAUGAUGUUUCGCGGGAAGAAGCCCGACCUUGACGCGGCGCUCGAAUCCGGAGACCAGGCGAGAAUCAAGAAAGCCUUGGCUGAUUUGUAUCAGGGGGGUGGAUGGGAAUGCGACCGCUUCACGGAUGCGCUUCUCCAUGCUCCCGAGGCAGACGAUCUCUACAUCACGCCCAUCCAAGAAGUGCAUCUUCCCCCAGGAUCGUGGUCCAAGGGCCGAGUCGUCCUUCUCGGAGACGCGGCUCACUGCCAUACAGCAGGCGGCUACGGAUGCGCCUGGGGCUUAGUAGGAGCCUAUGUGCUAGCAGGAGAGAUCGCAAAGCAGUUGACAAAGGGCGACUCAUCACCGUCAGCGGCCAUCAUCCAGGGAGCCAAGAAUUACGAGCAAGUGUUUCGGCCCGUUGCCACAUCCAUGCAUGGCGGCUACGAGUGGUUUGAGGACCUACUCAUGCCCAAAACGACUCUCGGCAUCUGGGCAAUUCAUGCGUUUGCGAGAGUGGCCGCAUGGCUUCGUUUGGGCGAGAUGAGCGGCUUGGAUGAGAUGACUACGAAAUGGCAGCUGCCCGAAUACCUAGAGCUGGACGAGGAUAGAGGCAGAGCGGCGUUGUAAGCAUCUUGGUUGGCAUGCAAUCGAUGCUCUUCUUUCUUGUAUAAUAGA